UGAUUUCUCGUGCACACGAGAGGUUUGUGUUAGCUAAGGCAUCGCACCAGUUUUCUAACAACAGCGAACCAGUCUGCUUGUGUCUUUUCUGUGUGUAAAACUGUUUGUGAAAAAUACGGAAGAUUGGUGCAAUUGUUGUAAUCUGAAUAAUUUUGAUAAUGGCCGGCACGAAUACAUGCCGUCUAUGUCGCACUCCGUGCAGUGAAUGUAUCCGGUUGUGCGAUGCCGGUGGCAAGACAAAUGAAAUAUACAGUAUUACUGUGAAAUUCUUUCAUCCAAUGUUUUUGGAAAUCGACAAGGAAACCACAAAAGUCAUUGGCGUUUUGUGUAUGCAAUGUUGGCAUCACAUAUCGGGAUUCAAUAACUUCCAACAGACGGUUCUUCUGCUACACGCCAAUCUUCAUACGGUCGCAGAGAGUGCUAUAUCCCGAGGUCAGAUACAACCUACGGGGGGAACAUCGAAAGAUGGUGGGGAACAACUAGACAUUACAGCCGAUUCGGAAUUAAAAAUUAAAGAUGUGUCGGACACAAUUGUAAUACCUGAUGAUGAUGCAGAAGUUGAAGAUCGCAAAGAGGUGCCAACAACAAGUAGCUGCGGCCAAUUGACCGUGACAGAUCACACAGUGGAAUUCCAACUAAAUUCGAAUGCCACCACAAGGGCACAACCUGAAAUCAUACUGCCUUCUACGUAUGAUGAGCGGAUGCCACCUUUCCAAAUUGGGAACGCAAUGCACAUCGAUGAAGAGUUUUCCGACCAGGAGGGCGAUAUUUUCAUUGUCGAUGAACUAAAUGAUGACAUUGAAGUCUCAAGCAGUUCAAAUGACGAUUUGCUGGAAAUGAGCAGUGCACAAUAUUCAUCGAAUGCGGCUAGCGAAAUGAUUUAUCCAGCCAGCAGAAAGAACCGAAAAUCGCCAAAGGAGAUCGAUGAGAUUAUUGCCAAAUGGAGACCACUCUUGAAGUGCGAAGGUUGUCCCGAAUCGUUUCCCACAUUUACACAACUAAAAACGCAUUUCCUUGCCCAGCAUCCAAAUCAGGAGUUCUACAUGCUGUGCUGCGGACGCAAACUUAAAUAUCGUUUUCGAGUCGAGGAGCAUGCCAUCAUUCACAUGAACCCGAAGGCGUUCAAGUGUCAGCUUUGUGGCAAAUGUUUCACAACAAGAUUUACUUUAAUUGCCCACAUUGGCCAACUGCAUCCUGGGGCAAAGUUAGGCCCGUCGGACAACGAUGAUUCGCCAUUCAAGUGUUCCCAAUGUGGAUUUAAUUGUGGCGAUGAGGCAACUCUGCUGGAACAUUCUUCGCUUCACACAGACGAGCAAACAUUUCACUGCCAGUUUUGUAAUAAAUCUUUUAAACGACAAACGGCCCUGUUCAAACACUCAAGACUCUAUCAUUCGGAUAAAGACAAUGGCAGCAAUCCGCCGCUCUAUUUUAAACAGUGUAAAUUGUGUCCGAAGGCUUUUACCUAUCGUACCGGCUUGUAUCACCAUGUAAGGAAAUAUCAUCCGGUUGCAUUUGAAAAUCGACGGAAAAGAAGAGUUCCGAACAGGGAUACACCAUAAAGAGAGAGAGACUGAUGAUGUUGAUUCUAUUACAUUUCAUUGGGAGAAUUUAUAAAAAUAAGCAUAGCAUUAUUUAUGUAUUUAAGCUAGUUUUUAAUAAGAAAUUUG